AUGUUCAUUCACCGGACCCAGGGCUGGUCACUGAUGGCCCUGGGAUUCUGCAUUCAAGUGCUCUGCUGCUGGUGGAUCCCCGUGAUGUUCUUCCUCUCGGUUGUGAAUUUCACCACCUUUUGCGAAACUCGUCUGCGAACAUGGAUGGUGGUAUUCGCAGUUCUGAUCCUCGCCAUCCCCCUCACCAUACAGUGUCUGAACGUGUCGUGCGCCAAGCUUGGGUACCGCUUCGGCUACGUUGUCGUCUCGAAGUGCAGCUGGGUUGCUGGGGCUGCCCUCCUCGGCUAUUUUAUGAUUUAUGGGCUGUACCUGUACGAGAACAGCACCUACGUGAUGUGCUACGACGGCACCGGAUUGAACCCGCUGGCGAUCAUGAGGGCGCUCUGGAUCCUGUCCUUCUGCUUCCUGACCCUUCUCGGCAUAGGCAUGGCCUGCAUCUGCUGCAGCAGGGGCCCGCGGCUCGAGGGCUAG